GUUGGAGGACUGGGCUGGCUGGGCUUGGCUCCUGCAUCAGAGUCCCGACUGCAACCAUUAGAAAUCAGCAGUAUAGGAGGACACCGGGUCGGGUUUCAGAGGAGGUUAUUCUCCGCCUUUUUUGCUGUGGCUUUGAUGACGAAUCUACCGGAAACGAUGUUGGAUGACUGGGCAUCGCUGGGCUCGACGACCUGCAUCAGAGCCCAUCUGCUACUACUAUUCGAAAUCAAAAGUACGGGUAUUUGUAGGGACAUUUUGUCGUGGUUUCAGAGUGUAUCCUUCGACUCUGGCUUCUUGCAUUCUAGUUCAAUUUUGUUCCUUCAAAAGAGGAGUGUAAAAAAACGUGUUGGAAGACUGGGCGUGGCUGGGCUCGCGGACCGGCAUCAGAGGCCCGCCUGCUACUAUUAUUUAAAAUCAGUAGUACGGGUAUUGAAAAGACACUGGGCCAUGGUUUCGAGAGCAAUCUUUUACUUUGGGCUUCUUCAUUUUGAUUUUAAUUGCGAAUCUGUCAAAAGAAGGUUCUGGAGGAUUGGCCAUGGCUGGCCUUACGACAUCGCCGCUACUACUUCUAAAGUCAGUAGCAUUGGCAAUUGAGAGGUUGUCAUAACAAUCGCUAUUUCACAAAUCAUUUUUAUACUCUCUUGCACUCAAAUCUAUCUUUGU